UUGACUGUCUAAAAUGGGUUUGCUAUCUUUACAAAUGCUUUUAUUUUUUCUGAAAGGAAUUCAAUUAACAGGUAAUCUUAACUAGGAAAAUUUCCAAACUAAUAAUUCCCUUUGUACCCUUAUUUCUAAAUUUUAAAAUUAACACAUUCACUUAAGAACUUCUAAAAAUAAAUUAAAUUAUAUUUAAAGAGCAUUAAUCCUUAUUUUUAUAUGAAUUAAUAAAUUGUUGAUUUUUUAAAAUCCCUUCAGUUGGUCAGGUAACAAUUACAACGACCCCCGCUGUCAUUGAAUCAGAGAUUACGAAAUCUCUUGUUGUAACCUGCAGAUUUCCCCCACAACCAUCAUCUGGAUAUCAAGUUUUUUCUUUAGCAAUAAAAAAAUUGUUAGCGAAUUCCACAUUACACCAACUUGCCUCAAUCAAUAGAGAUUCUCAUACUACAGUACACCUAGAUGCCCCAAGUUACGGCAUCAACAGAAGCAAUGGAGUCAUUAACUCAACGCUGGGAUCAUUCCUGACUCUGGAAUGGGUGAACCCGAUGGUUUCAGAAUCUGGGACCUACCAGUGUAAAGCUAAUGUCUUUAACGAAGCAGAUGAUAUUUUUGUCUUCAAUGAAAACAAAUCUGUCAGUUUUACACAACCAUCAGUCGGCAGUUUAACACACCUCAUUUUUAAAUUAGACUCUGAGGUGAACAAUAAACUACAGAGACUGGAGAAUGACUUCAAUAACCUUACGGCACAAUCAACUCAAACUAACAAUAAACUUCAGAAGCUGGAGAAUGAAUUCAAUAACCUUACGGCACAAUCAACUCAAACUAACAAUAAACUUCAGAAGCUGGAGAAUGAAUUCAAUAACCUUACGGCACAAUCAACUCAAACUAAUAAUAAACUCCAGAAGCUGGAGACUACACUUCAUAAUUUGGAAUCAACAAUUUUCAAGAAAUCAACAGUUUUAAACGGUCAUCAGUAUUACUUGUCUCUGUAUGAACCUUACUCUGCAGCCAUGGCAGAAAUGGCUUGUGAAGCCCUAGGUGGCUACUUGGCCGAGGUGGACUCUAAGAAUGAACUUGAUUUUAUUACAAUUAUGAUAGGAAAUACUGAUGUCAAGAAUAUGGAGUUUUUGCUUGGCGGCACAGACGAAGGGCAUGAAGGUAUCUGGAUAAACCGUCAUAGUGGAACACCUUUGGGUUACACAGUUUGGUCCCAGGGUGAACCAAGCAACGGUGCACAUGAAAGUUUGGAAAUAACGGAAAACUGCCAAGUCCUUGAGUAUUUGUACUCAUUAAAAGCAUUUGUAAUGAAUGACUUUUUCUGUUUCAAUAUACUUGAUCCCCGUGGGUAUUAUUUCAUUUGCGAAGUCCCACUUUAAAUUGAAUUAGUAACAAUAAUCUUUGUCAAAUUGCUGUCGCAUUUUGAACGAUGUAUUGCUGUUGUCUGUUGUGUGUCGCACAACAUUGAAUUAAAU